AUGGCCAUCGGAAUGAUUUUUGGACUUAGUAAGAUUGCUGCAGGUCUGGUAUCUGGUAUUUCCGCACCUGCGAUGCGGAAGGGAAGCCGCAUCUGCGAGGCCGCAGAUGCGGUAGUUGUGUCGCGGAAGCGGAGGCGGGUGGAUUUGGCAUUUCCGCAGAAGCGGACACUAACCCGCAGGAGCGAGGUCCGCAUAUGCGCUUCGCCGCAUCAGGUGCGUGUGGAAGUUGAUCUUCUUAGACCUCUUCCUACCUCUGUUUUUGUGGGAGCUGAAGAUGAGAACAUGUCUCUUAAUUGUUAUGUUCAAAAAAUUGAGUGGGAGAAUGUCCCUAAAUACUGUAAGCAUUGCAGGAAGAUAGGACACUCUCUGAUUAACUGUUGGAUUGUUGAAAAAAAGAAGCGAGAGGAAAAUGAGAAAAAGAAGGAGGAAGCAGGGGAAGCACAAGAAGAAGAUUGA